AAGUAACGUGAAAUAACAGCAUUAGGUCGAGUUCAUUUGACUACCUCUACCGCGGCUCUGGAAAUUUUUACCGUGAGUAAUUUUCCCUUCAAAAUUUACUCUUACAAUGUAACCAUAGUCAUGUGUCUGUUAUUUUUCAGAUAACAUCACUUCAGCAGAGACACUAUAUAAGACAGUACGUGUACUUUGCUGGAUCAUGACUAGUCCAAAGAAUCUGAAAAGUAAGGCUCAGCAUGUCAGGGCCACCUGGGCAAAACGCUGUAAUAUCGUUAUCUUCAUUAGCUCUGAGACAAAUAAUGAUUUCCCAACUGUGGGGGUUAAUACAACUGAAGGCAGGGGACAUUUAACUGCUAAAACAAUGCAGUCAUUCAAAUACUGCUGGGAUAACUAUAGGGACCAAGCUGAUUGGUUCCUCAAAGCUGAUGAUGAUACGUUCGUGAUUGUAGAAAACUUGAGAUAUUUACUAUCAGCUUAUAAACGGACAGAUCCUAUAUUCUUUGGACAUAAGUUUAAAACAAAUGUAAAACAAGGUUAUUUCAGCGGUGGUGGAGGUUAUGUGUUAUCUCACGAAGCCUUAAAACGAUUUGCUGAGAAAGGAUUGAAAAAUGCAACACAUUGUCCUCCAGAUGGUGGCUCAGAAGAUGUACAGAUGGGAAAGUGCAUGGAGUAUCUGGGGGUCGUCGCGGGAGAUUCAAGAGAUGCUAUGGGACGUAGUCGCUUCCAUUGUUUCACCCCUCAUACUCAUCUAAAUGGAGACUACCCUGCUUGGUACUAUAAUUACGAUGCUUAUGGAGCUAAAUAUGGUCCAGGAAACAUCAGCGACUAUGCAAUUUCAUUCCACUAUGUUGACCCGAAAAUGAUGUACCAUAUAGAAUUCUUCACGUAUCACCUGCGUCCAUAUGGCAUCAUCACUGGCAGCCAGGACCUCAAUGCCAAAACAAGUCUGAAGUUUGACAAUCCGAUUCAUGAGACUUAG